AAAGCCGAAUGAUGUCAUCCGGCGCAAUGCAGUGUUUUGUUUUCCUCUGUUCACUGGGCACCUGACAGCGGGCAGCUGGGUCCGAAUCUGAGACGGGUUUGCACCGGAAGGUCAUGGUGAGAAUCUGCCUCCCCCAUCACUGCUUCCCUUCGGGUCCUGAGGACCAGGGAAGGCAGGAAGAAGCACUGAACGAAGCAGCAUCGUCACCUCGCCCCGCUGAAACCCAGGGGAUGAAGCACAUCGUGCGCAGUCUGACCAUGGGGCCCCGAGCUCUGCUCUGGUUCUUGCUCUUGGCAGUGUCCCAUCCCGGGACGGUGCGGGGGAAAGUGGUCCAAGAUUUCCAGGAAUGCAGCUGGUUCUUCCAGGAUAAGGUCCCGCCGCAGGGAUUUGGAAACGACAGCUCGAGCAACCUGGUCAGGAUCUGUCAGAAAUACAAGAAUCACUAUCAUUUUGCUACCCUCUACCGGACAGACCUGCGGAUCCCGGUUUAUUCCGCCUACCGAUAUCCCUGCUCUAUGGGCGAGGACAAAGCUUACAGACCCAGUCCAUGGUUUCAUGAACCGCAGAUCGAUGAUCUAAGUCUCCCGGAUGAAAUGACAAACAAAAUAAACUCUCACGGCGAGCUGCAGGCGGUGAGCUCUGACUACAAGGACGAAGUUUACCAACAAGGACACAUUUACCCAUUUAGUCUUAAUAACAAGGCAAGUGGCACAAGCACCUGCACACUUACCAACGCUGUCCCCAUGACCCCGACGGCUAAUAAGAAUUGGUACAAUGAGGUGGAAGCUGUGGUGGUGAAGCUGGCAAGGACAUGUCGUAAGUCUGGCCGGUUGAUGUACCUGGUGACAGGUCCUGCCAACCCAACAGAGAAGAAACUGAACAACAGGAUCUCGGUGCCUGGAUCGGUAUGGACAACUCUUUGCUGCACCUUCCCACAGGAUCAGAAUGAUGAUCCCUGUCAGAGUAGCUCCCCGAAUGAAGAAUUGGAGGGAGAGGAUGAAGUGACGUACAACAAAGACUUCUCAUAUGCAUUCAUGAAAGAUUUGGAGUCAGAGGCAAAGGCAGAACAUCUAACAGUGAUGGAGGUGCAACACCGACUGGGUGUGGGCAACAUCUUCAACAGCUGUGGUUCAGGCAGCCAAGACGAGGGAGAGACUUUUAAAGAGAUUGAAGAUCUGAUCAAACAGAUAAAAAUGAGUAUAGGUGAUCAAAAGCUAGAAGAAGACAAUUUACCACAGCCACCUUCAGAAGAUAACGACGGCAAUGACUUGGUGAUAAAACAAGCUGAAACUCCAUUGGAACUGGCCCGUGAAGAGGUUUACGAGACCAUUUGUCCAUCUAUCGUCACCACAGUCUUGGCUCCCUUUGAAAAGAUUGCCAAUGCAACAAUAACCUUUGCCCAACUCAUUGCAGCUGUCCUCCGAGUUAUCCGGGUUUUGGCUGUAACAAGUUUAAGGAUUCCCUUAGGGAUUAUCUAUAAUAGUGCCAGUUGUCUCACCAUCAUGGCUAAGUACUUGAUUGUCACCGUGUUCUCAGUUCCCCAAGAUCUCUUGAGUAUUGUGGUCAGCAUUGUAUCAGACACUGCUCAUGCCAUCUCUUGUGUUGGCAAAUUGAUCGGAUGUCUCAUCAGAAUUUUAUAAUUCUCUACACAGAGACUCUCUGGUGCUUUGUGAAGGGUUUGACUUUCAUAUGGAGAGACUAUUUAUCCAUCAAUCCCAACCUCCAGGGGUCACUGAUCACCACUAACACAUUCUGAGGAUUCUACCCUUGCUCAGUAAGCCAAAUACUCUCCUUAGCCUUCAUAUACUGCAGGAAGCUUUGCUUCAGCCAAACCCAGAUGGUUCUAAUCUGGUUGACAUGUAUCCCUCAUUAAUACAGUUUAUCUAAUCGUUUUUGGAGUGCUGUCUGUGGGAGCUUACUGUUUGCAAAUUGCCUGCUGCAUUAUCUGUAUCUCAACAAGGACGACACUUCACAGUUCUGUCACAAAACGUUAACCAUGUUUUUCUCUCUCCGCAGAUGCUGCCUGGCCUGCUGGGUAUUUCCAGUCAUUUCUGUUUUUAGUUCAGAUUUCCAGCAUCUGCGGCAUUUUGCUUUAGUGUGCUCCACGAAUAUUUAAAGUUGUCUGUAAAGCAUCCUUGCUAAAUCAAUCUUCUCGCAUGAGUUAUCAUUAUUAAAUUACUGCAAGGAAGGGUCCCUGAAGGGGAUAUUGUUGACACUGAUUUGUGAAACUCAAUGUUGGCUGUUAUAUGGCUUUAUGGAGAUGAUAGUGGGGGACUGGUAAGAAGGUUGAGGGCAAACCUAUUAAUGAAAAUGAAGGCUAUGUCAAAUCCUUAUAGUAGGCUCACUCUUCUUGUAAUACUGAGGAGUGGUUCAUCAUUCAAAGGUACUUAACAUAAUUUUGAGAGAAUUUCACUCCUACAGUAGAAAUCUCAAGCUGGUCAAAGAGUUAGUUUUAAGCAGAGGUAUAUAGGUUGAGGGACCUUUACCAAUUAGAAGCAAAGGAUCAGAAAGUAUAAGGCACACAAUCCUAACUGGGAAAUAUACUGUCACUUCUUCAUCAUCACUGGGUCAAAAUCCCAACAGCUUUGCAGGAGUGCCUUCCGCGCAAAAAAAAACUGCAGCAAUUCAAUGAGGCAGCUUCCCACCACUGUCUCAAGAUCAGCCGAUUAAACACUGGCCUUGCUCAUCUCUCAAAAGCAAAGACCAAGAAGCAUAGGUGUUUAAGGGAGGGUUCACGAAGUUCAUCAAAUAAGCAGGAACAUUACACACGAAGACGUCAACAGGUUCAGGUGGAGAGACACUGAAACAUGCUGGUGGAUAUUAGUGCAUGCCAGGCUGUCCAAACACAACAGAAACACUUAUGUGCAUGAAACAGAUAACUCAGAUUGUCAAGCUUAGACUUAAGAAUUGCUAUACCAGUUUUAUUUUUAGAAUAACAAAUGCAGGCAGUGGAUGAACGCUGACAAAUUCAAAGAGAAGUGGGAUGGAUAUUUCAGAAGAAAGGGAAGUGGGUGUACUUCAUGGGAGUUGUGUGAGCUUGGAACUGUGGCACAAGGUAAAUUCUAAUAGAAUGCACUGAUGAAAUUGAAUGUGCUAAUGAUGGCACUGGAAAAUUCUUUACCCAGUUUAGUUUUGUACCUUACGUCAUCAUCAAAACCUCCCCAGAUCAGAAAUAUGAAGAAAUGCUUAAUCUCUUUAAUUGUAAUGGAAUAACAUUGUCUGAGCUCACACGAGAAUAAAAGGAGGACAUUGAUAAAGUGUUUGUAGUAGAUGUUACCUGUAUGGAUUUUGUGGUGGGUGUGACUUUCAAUAAAUUGCCACAUCUUAAACGGA